UGCAAGGUAGACUGUAGUACAACACAUAUACGUCCCAGGCCUACAUACGUGCUCUCACCACUUAUUACCCUCUGGCGACACCAAAAUCCAUCGGUCUACGCGAAUUUGAAACAUUUCUUCCAUGCGCUGCCUGCGCCAGCUCUUUCUCGUUUCGCUGGGUGUCACAGCAUGGGCUCUACACGAAUCUGACGUGGGUGUGGUGGAUUGGAAUACGAAAUUGAUCGGUGUACCGCUGCAAGGCUCUUCACAUACUGCACCUGCAUUCCACGGUGAUUAUAUUCUGACUGCUACGAGCAACAAUGUAUUGGCAGCAUUGAACGCCACGGAUGGCUCUAUAGUAUGGAGAAGUAUAUAUGAUGCGGAGGAUCCGAUAAUGGCCUUCACCCACCAUGAUAAUAGCGUAUCUUCUCUAUCUGGACCGGGAGGGUCAACUUUGCGCACGUACGACCUGGAAACUGGCCAUCUCAUAUUGGAGAAACAACUACACAGCCCGGUUGAUGGACGACUCCACGAACCUCAAAAUCUCGGAAUUUUGCUAUUGCGCCCUACUGACCCCUCCCUCAACUCAACGGCAUAUUUCGCACUGACAAAUGGAGACUCUGUCACCCAUCUGGACGAGACUGGGGACAUUCUGUGGACUUGGAAAUCUCCCGAUCAAGGGUCCUUGAUCUUGUAUUCUCAUAUCAUUGUUGAUCCGUCAACGGUGUAUCUCGUGGGGUUCGCGAAAUCAUUUGCAUCCUACACUUUGCACGUAACGACCCUGUCAGUAACCACGGGCAAACUCAUUGCGUCUGCCAACAUUCCUGCCAACAUAAAAGAUGAACGAUCCAAAUUCGUUGCUGUUAGCUCCCAGACAGGACCUACAACUACUGCCUGCGUCAACUGGCUUGAAGGUGAUACACUUAAAGCUGCUGUAUUAACGCCUGAUUUGAAGGGUCAAAUUAUGGCUCUUCCUGGCGUCAAAUACGAUAGGAUUAGUGAUUUCGGCCUUUCGGCCAACGGACAAUUCCUCGCAAUCAAGGAAGGAGGUGUUGCGCACGUUAUGCAUUUUGACGCACAGGCAUCCUCACUUCGACCAAUCUGGGAAUUCGCUGACGCGGCCCCUUCGCAGGCGCAAUCGGAUUCUCAUUUCGUAGGAAGUCUUAGCCGAGAUGGCCAACCCCGAGUUGCGCGCGUUUAUUGGUCGAACGUUCACAAUAAAGCCAUCCACCAAACUCUUGCCAUUCAUUUGUCUGAGGGCAAGGCUUCAUCCUCUGGUUAUGCGUUUCCCUUCCAGACGCUUGACCAUGGUGUCAUCGGGCAUGUGGCAUUCGAUGGCUCAAGCACGGGCGAAACGCAUGAAAAUACUCGCACGUUGCUGACCACCACGACAGGCUCGAUACAGCUUUGGCAACAUGACAAAAUGCAGUGGGUUCGGGAAGAAGCACUGGCAUCCAUCCAAGUCGCAGAGUUCAUAGAACUUCCUGAGAAGAAGGUUGUCAUGUCCCAUGCUGCUGUGGAUGAGGAAGGUUACUUUGAGCGGCUUCAACGUCAAUUAUCUGACGUCAAGAACCUUCCUCAAUACUUGGCAAACUUUGCUAGACGCUUUGCGACUGGCUCAUAUGCUACUGUGACUACGUCGGCUGCAUCUUCCUCGGAUGAGGAUACGCUCACGCGCGACGCUUUCGGCUUCCGACAGAUCAUAGUGGCAGCUACAUCGUAUGGGAAAAUCUUCGGCAUUGACUCCAGCAAUGGUCGAGUCUUAUGGAGCCGCGUGCUUGGCCUUGGUUGGGCAGCAAAGGUUGGCGGGAUAAUAAUCCCUACCAAAAUUUUCGUCACACGGACAGUGAGCGAUCCAGAAGGACCUCAAAUAGUGCUCGUCACACAACGUCGGGCUGACAAUUCUCUUGUUGACACCGUGCUAUUCCAUGUGAAUGCACUUACGGGAGACGACGUCAGAGAGGAGCACCAGUCUAUUCCUAGAGCUGCCUUGCAAGGCCUCGAUGCUGUCAUGGGUCCGUUAGUCGAUGUUUUCAUGCUUCCCAGCGAGAACCGGACCAUAGUCAUGCUCGAUGAAUACCUCCAGGCGCGCCUUUAUCCAGAAACUCCAUCGGCUCAGGCUGAGUUUGAAUCAUUCGUCCCGUCCAUACAUCUCGCUCUCCGCGCGGAUGUUCCUGGCCAGCGCCAGAUCUUGGGCCAUCAACUCGCCCUCAAUCUCGAGCUGUCACAGUUCUAUGUUGCCUAUCCAACAUGGACACUUGCGCUGCCACCAAAAGAGGAAAUUCAGGCCAUUAUUCCGAACACACGCGGUCCCGUUGCAUCGAUUGGAAAGGUCCUCGGAAACCGUAUGACGUUAUACAAGUAUCUCAACCCCCACUUGACGUUGGUCCUCACGUCUUUCCUACCGUCCAGCACGUGUGGGAUAUAUGUGUUGGACGUGAUCAAAGGUAGUGUGAUUUACCAUGCCAGUGUCCCUGCUGCUGGUGGCGUAUGCGACACGCAAGCGACCCUCACUGAGAACUGGCUGGUAUACCAUUACUUUGACGACGAGUUUUCUGGGACUGGGCAGAGCAAAGGAUAUAGAGUCGUCUCUGUUGAGUUUUACGAGGGUGAUGGACCAGAUGACAAGACAAAAAGCUCUGAGCUUUCAUCGUAUUCCAACAAGACGUUGCAUAUCAGCGCAUAUGAACAAUCCUUUAUCAUGCCUCACGGCAUCACUGCUAUAUCGCCAACCUCGACGAAGUUUGGAGUAUCAACGAAGGACAUCAUAGUUGCAAAUCGCAAGAACAGCAUUCAGUCGAUUCCUCGGCGAUUGCUCAAUCCAAGACGACCCAAGCACAAGCCUACUAGCGAAGAGCAGGAGGAGAUGCUUGUACAGUAUGAUGCUGUACUGCCGGACGAUGCCCGACUCGUACUCUCACACAACUACGAGAUCGCAAACGUCCGCCGCAUCGUUACCUCUCCAUCUCUUCUAGAGUCCACAUCGCUGGUCUUUGUCUACGGCCUGGACCUCUUCUUCACGCGCAUCUCGCCUUCGGGCACGUUUGACGUUCUCAGUGAGAAUUUCAAUAAAGUGCAGCUUGUGCUGACGGUUGCUGGGCUGGGGAUUGCGAUUAUGCGUUGGUACCAGUGA